AGGAAUUUGCAUUUUUUCUAUUAUUGUAUACAAAUUCCAAGUUCAACGUCAAAACGCAGAUAUAAUUGAACGAACGGUUGUCGAGCUAUUCUUCAAAGCAUGUUUGGCGGCCAACAACAGCGGACAGGCUUUGGCUUUGGCGCCGCGGCCAGUGCGCCAGCCUUCGGCUCUCAGCCCUCCACAGGCGGAUUCGGUGGGUUUGGAACUGCAGCAACUGCACCCAACGCAUCACCAUUCGGUGCUCCAGCGGCUGCGGCCUCUCCAUUCGGCGGAGGGGCCAACACCACGCCGGCAUUUGGUUCCUCGUUUGGAGCCCCAUCCGCCACUACGAGCGCAUUUGGUGCGCCAGCUUCAGGUACGCCUGUGGGCUUUGGUGGGUUUGGAUCGACUACAACGACUACGUCCUUUGGUGCACCUGCUCAACCGGCGGCAAGUCCAUUCGGCGCUCCUGCUGCUCAACCUGCCGCCAGUCCGUUUGGUGGCGGUAUGUUCGGAGGAGCUGCCGCAGCCAAGCCUUCUGGUUUCGGCGGCUUUGGUGCGGCUUCUCCAGCGGCUACCCCGUCAGCCUUUGGAACCACAACAUCGGGCUUUGGAGCCCCCGCGACCAACGCGUUCGGCGGUCAGUCAACCUUGGGUGGAGGGGGGUUUGGUGGAACUGCGUUUGGAGCACCUGCCGCCGCCCCUGCGUCCGGAUUCGGCAGCAAUCCGUUCGGACAGCCCACGCCAGCCACGACCGGUGCGUUCGGCGCGCCGGCGGCCCAAACCGGUUUCGGAGGCUUUGGGGCUGCACCGGCGACUGGACAAGCCCUUGUGGGCACCGGUCCGCCUGCCAGCUACAAGCCAACGUCGGAACAAGAAACCGAAAAGGGCAAGAUGACCACAGUGCACUUUCAGUCCAUUUCGAAGAUGCCCGAGUACCAGCACAAGUCGGCGGAAGAGCUGCGAUGGGAAGAUUAUUUGAAACGAACGGACCCAGCAGCCGCGCAGGCGCAGGCCGCCCUCGUCCCCAACACGGGGGGAGCGGCCCCCGCCGCCACCAACAUGUUUGGCCAGCCGUCGACGACGGCAGCGUCUGCUUUUGGGAAGCCCCCGCUCGGAGGCGGAUUUGGCCAAGCAGCUGCUCCAGCCACCGGCGGCUUUGGCGGUGGGUUUGGAGCUCCGGCGGCCCCCAGUGCAUUUGGUGGAGGAGGGGGAUUUGGUAGCUCCAACACGUCGUUCGGGGCCCCCGCCGCGGCGCCCACCACCACCUCGUUUUCAUUCGGAAACAAUGCCGCUGCCGGUACUGGUACGGGAGGUGGAUUUGGUGGGUUUGGGGCAACCCCGAGCAACGCUUUUGGAACCCCUUCGACGACUGCUGCUUCGACGACGACAGGGGGGGGCUUUGGGGGCUUUGGGCAACCGGCGGCCCCAGCGACGACAAGUGCCUUUGGAGCCCCCCAAGCCACCACCACCACGGGGGGGUUUGGGGGUUUUGGCGCCAAACCGGCGACGACAAGUGGUGCCUUUGGAACAACCACUGGGGGAUUUGGAGGCUUUGGGAGUGCGCCGGCCGCCACGCCGGCGACGACGACGACUGGCGGCGGAUUUGGCGGCGGAUUUGGAUCGACCCCGUCGUCUGGGUUUGGCGGCGGGUUUGGGAAACCGGCGGCAGCCGCGCCGUCUGCAUUUGGGAGCUCGUUUGGCAGUACACCCGCCGCCGCGACGGGUUCGUCGGCGUUUGGCGGAUUUGGAUCAACGAGCAAUGCAUUCUCGCUCAACACAUCUGCCCAGCCAGGAGGAGCGGCGGCGUCAAGUGCGUUCAACUUUGGCAAGCCGGCUUCCACGGCGACCCCGAGUCUAUUUGGGUCGGCUGCCACGUCAUCGUUCAUGCCAUUUGGGUCUUCGUCGUCGUCGGCUGCCCCGUCUAGCUUUGGGACCACAGCGGCCAACACGGCAACCAACGCCGGGAUGUUUGGGGGGGGUAGUUCAUUUGGUGGGGGGGGCUUUGGGGCUCCUGGUGGUACCACCACCGCCCAACAACAACAGCAACCCACGACGUUGUUUGCCGGGCACGACACGAAUCCGUACGGAACGGGGUCAUACGGCGCCGGGUUGAUUGAAAAACAGAUUCAAACCACACUCACAUUGCCAGUCCCGACGUCCGGCGCGGCCAGCUCCCAGUCGUCGUUGUUUCCGGCUUCGUUGUCGGUCUACGGUGGUACCGCCGCGACCCGGGACGAUCGACCGGUGAAGCCGAUUACGACCGCGGCAGGGCUUCGCUUCCACCCAUCCCCCGCUUCUACUGCCGCGGCGACUCGGGCGGCGCUGUCGUCGCUGGAAACUCCCACGGCCGAUAGUACAACAACUACAUCCAGUAGUAGCAGUAGCUUUGCCACGUCCAAGUUUAAGAGCCUCGCGACCAAACAGUUGACAAUCAACACGCCGCCCCCCAAACUCACACGACCUACAGACAAGCCCCAAGUCAUCCCGGAAGCCAUCACUUUGACGUUUGUCGUGUCCAGUGAUAGCUCCUCUUCCCCUUCCCGCCCCAUCCGGUGGACGGGGGACGCCGACACGACGCUGGACGCGGUGUGGCCUGUCGUGGCAAGCCAAGUCAAGCCGGCCAAGCUCGUGCGGUGGCGUCAGAGCGACGGCGCCCCCCUCUCCCUCGACGCGACGGUCGGGUCUGUGGAUACCUCGGCGCCGAUCGAGGUGGAUGUGGUCGAUACGUCGGCUGGCGGCCCCCACGUCCCCGCCGCCGCCUCGUCUUCAGAUUUGUCGUUUGACAGGUUUUACGAAAAGGAGGUGGAGAAAGAAUCGGCGUGCCAUGCCGUCAACCCGCUGGCGCCCGUGCUGACCAAAGAAGGGUACUAUACCCUUCCCGACUAUGACACGCUGUGCACGUUGUCGACGGGCGACUUGAAAGCUGUCGAUCACUUUGUUGUGGGGUGCAAAGGCAUGGGCUGUGUCCAGUGGUACGGCAGCACGGACGUAACCGGACUCAACUUGGACGAGCUCGUGCUAUUUGCACCGAAAGAAGUGAUUGUAUACCCCAAUGAAGACGACAAGCAUCCGCUCGGCGAAGGACUCAACAAGCCCGCGCUCGUGGAACUGCUGCACAUUUACCCACCAGACGACCCCGCCAAACGCGCAGCCUAUGUGAACCGCGUGAAGGCUCGUACAGACCACAUGGACGCCACAUACGUCGACUACCAGCCCGAUGCCGGCGUGUGGAAGUUCAAAGUCGAGCAUUUCAGCCGGUAUGGGUUUGACGACGACGAAGACGACGAAAACAGUCACCAUAUGACGACGGAGAAUCCCCCCAAUACGUUGCAAACGAUGGCCGCCAAGCUCAAGUUGAACCCAGCGCGCCUGCAUCAGCUCCAAGCAUUGUACUUGAAGCAAACGAUUCCCCAUGCUGCCCCGGUCUCGAUGACCACGGACAUGCAAGAAGAGGACAUUGGGAAAUCGCCAUCGAUUUUUGGAUCGUUCCCAUUGAGUGAACGACCUGCGGCCUCCACCUCCUUGUCCUCGGCUACACAUCCGACUCGUUUGGUGGUGGUGGAACCCGUGACGCCCCCGCCCCCCGCGCCUGCCGCCCCCAGACGAUACGCGGUUCCUCCCCCUUCUCGUCAACAAGGGUCGCCUACGUUGGCACUUUGGAACGGCCCCAACACGUCGACAUUGGACAUGGGGAUCUCCUUCGGCCGUUCGUUCCGAGGUGCGAGUUUCGGUCCGUCUGGUCAAUUGGUGGUCGUGACGCGCCACCGUCACGUCCGGGUGUACGCGCACCCGAUCGCGACCCCCGCGACGGCCGACUCUCUGCCGCUUUUGGCCGUCCAUCAAUCGCUGUCCAAGACCAACGACUAUCACGUGACACUCCCAUCCGACCUCUCGGCUCACGUCCACGAAUAUGCCGACAAUGCCGUGGCGGCCACGUCAAUGUGGCAGCUGGUCGUGGCGCUGUACGGAUUGGAACCUCCUCGUCCAGAUGACGACCGAGGAGGCAGAAGUACCCGCGGCCACCCCUCGGAGCAUCCGCCGCUGUCCCCUAGCCAACGCGACGAGUUCAUCUCUCGGUGGUUCGAACGCGCUAUCCGCCGCCGCCACCACCCCCUCCCCCCUUCACAGUCCAAGCCCACGUCAGAAAAGACCGUGUUGCAAGCGCUGCUGCAGCACAACGUGGUGGCGGCGGCCCAGCGCGCGAUGGCUCAAGGCAACGCGCACCUGGCCAUGUUGGUCGCCCAAGCAUCUUCGUACAACGGAAGCUCGUUUCGCCAGCAAUUGGAGUCGCAGUUGAGUCAAUGGGAAGACCAAGCCGCGUCCAGACAUGUGGACAAGAGUCUUUUGGAAGUGUACAGCAUCUUGGCGGGCAAUGUCGGCGUCGUGACCAAGCGCGCGACGUCGCCUUCUUGUUCGAUGGACUGGAUUCAAAUGCUGGCACUCGUGCUGUGGUACCACAAAGGACCGACGAGUCUCCCCAACGCCCUUGGCGUGUACCACUCCUUUGUGCAGCAAGGAUGGGCUAAACCUGCCGUGGACACCGCCACCAUGAAGCCCGACGUGCUGUUUGAGCUCAUGCAGCUGUACUGCGAUGCCAAGACGUCGCUCACGUCGGUGCUGUCGGCUCUUCCCGACGACAUUGCGUGGCACUUGAAUGCGCUCUUGUCGUCCGUGCCUAGUCAAUCGCUGCGCUUGUCCCCCAAAGCUCACACACUCCUUACGCGGCACUAUCUGAGCCAUCUCGUCGCCGACGACCAACACAUUUCCCACGCGCUGUACGUAGCCAUGACCCUUGAAAACGACGUCGAGCGGCAAGCCACGGCCAGAGCCAUCCUGGAGCGCCACAUCACGGCCAGCACCCCCCUGGAACCCCUGGAGGCGAUCGUGCCAUCGACGUGGAUCCAACACGCACUGGCGUUGCAUGCGCUGGCUGAACAUCAGUACCAAGCCGCUAUUGAGCACUACCUUCGCGCUGGCGACUGGUCUCGUGCCCACGACGUGUUGAUUGAGCACGUGGUAUUUCCCGCCCUCUUUCGCCAAGACACGGGGGGAGUGCUCGAGGUGCUGGAGGGGUACCUGGAGCCGCAUUCAUUUGAGAUUGCACACUGGACUAAGUAUGGCCAAGUGGUGCUGAGCUAUUUGCGGUUGCGCAACAGCCGAGAGGGCGCAACGGUGGAAGACGUGGUGGCGUUGGGCGACCAGCUGCUACUGUGGCAAGCCAACCCCCUCCAUGUGUUGUCGGACAACCCGACGGAAGCGGCGGCGGUGGCGCGGGCCUGCUUGAGCAGCAUGCUCACGUACACGACAGAAGUGGCGCUGCUACUUCACCCCCCGCCAUCGCUCUCGGCCGACAGUGGACGCCAUGGUGUAUGGCUGCUGGACCGAUUGCAAGCGUUUGUGCAGCCAGACUGUUUUGGCGAAGCGUUUCGCGCAAAGUUGCUGGUGCGAGCAUGUGCCACAUUUGAUUGAAAGCGUGCAUUUUAGUCGUAGUACCCGAGCAUAACAAAAACGUUUACAAUGCACUUCUGUUAAUCGAAUUCAACACACGGGUUGUCGUGGUGUCGAGACGAAUUGUGGUGGUUCCGACACUGUGCAAGCAAUACAGUACAAUAAUAGUAUUAAUAAUAUCAAUCGUUAUUAAUAAUAUCACCAGA